AUGCCGGGCUCGCAUUCGCGAGGGCGGGAACAGUCCCCAUCCCGGGCACACGGGGAGCGUCGCAGUCCGUCGUCGUGGCGUCCUGCCCAGUCGCCGGCGCUGUGGCCAGAGGUGGCUCGUGCGUCCGAGCGGUCUGCCGUGACCGCGCCUGUUCCGUCCCGGCCGUCAUCGUCGCUGCAGGCAUCCCCCCGUCGAUCGUCUCCGCGCCAGCAGUCUCCCUGGCAUCCCGUGUCAUUUGCCGCACCGCCUCCCGCUCCGCAGCUGCCACAACCUCCUGCGCCUCCUCCUAGCGUUCCAUUCCCUCUGCACGUGGGUCCACUGGGGGUGUGGGAUGUUGCUCCCGGCGGUCAGGCCCAGUUCCAUCCCUUCCACAACGGGGGUCUUGCGCCACCCCUUCUUCCUGGUCAGCUGACGCUUCAUCCGGCGCACCUCCCGCAGCGGCCCGCGCCGCCUCCUGCGCCUCCGGUUCUUGUGCCUCAGCUUCCCGGGUUUGAGUAUGCCUCCGGGCGUGCUCCGUUUCACCCACCUCUUGUCCCCGGCCCCAUGCCUGCAGCUCCACUUGCGGUGGUGGGAGCAACAGAGGGGGUGGAUCUUGAUGCUGGUGAGUCGGCCGCCGCGCCGAUGCCUCGGGACAUCCGCCCUCCGCGUCGUCGGUCCGUGGGGGUCCGCUUGAGCUCUCGCGUGAUCGUGGAGCGGAUCCGGGCGCGGACCCGUGCCCCUCCUCGCUCGCUGCAGCUGUCGAGUAAGGUGCUUGUGCGCUUGUGGCACGGGCGGGCGUUUGUUGAAGUGCGCUUGUGGCACGGGCGGGCAUUUGUUGAAGUGGUGACGAACGUGCUGGAGGCCGCGCUGGGGGCGAUGGAAGACUGCCCAGCUGCGCACUGUAGGAUGGAUGCUGAUCGGACUGAGCGGUGCCAGCUUGCAGUGCGUGACCUGGUGCACGAGCUGGAGCGGACAUUGGUUGGGCCCGAUGGGGAGUUGGGCUCGGGCGUUGGGGAGGCAUGCGUCCUCGAGGAGGUGGGGGAUGAAGGUGCAGUCGGCAUCAGCUGUAGCUGUUGUAGACGGCUGCGUGUCCGCACUCCGCCUGGGCGAUAA